CGAAUUCUCUCUCUAGCCGCAGCCAUGGAGACCGAUCCCCUGAAUCCCCCAUCUUCCGCCGCUAAGAUAAACACUCCGUCGCCGUCGCCGUCGCCAUCUCCGCCGCCGGUCCGAUCAGAAAUCAAACAGAGAGAUUUCCUCAACCACGUCGAAUCCUUCCUAUCAAAACGAGACGGUAUAGACAAACUCCUAAAAAUUUCUCGCUACGCAUCAAAAAUAAUAAUCGCCUCUUCUAUCCUUCCCGAAACCCUACCAAUCACGAACCGUCUCAAAAGCUUCGAAUCAAGUGUAGGCGUAAGUCGUAAAGCCUUCCGUCUCGGCAAGUUCAUCCAGGACAUAAACGCACUUCGAAACGGUUGUUUUCACUCAAACCUAGACCUAAUUCUAUCAAUCCUCGCAUACGGAGGUGAAGGUAUUUACUAUUUCAUUGAACAAUUCAUCUGGCUUUCUAAAUCUGGCUUGAUCGAUCCGAAACUAUCGCGUGAUCUACAGAAGCUAAGUGCUUGUGCUGAAUUGAUUGGUUAUGUUGGUAGUAUUAGUUUGAAAAUUAGGGAUUUGAAUGAGAUUUCAGAGGAGGAAAUUCGGAUUAGAUCUAGCGUUGAUGUUGGGAUGAUACGAGGGGAAAAGUGUGGUGAAUUGGAGGAGAAGAUUGGGAAAGUGAAAAGGAAGGAAUUGAUGAAGAAAUUAUCUGUGAUUCAAGAUAUUGCUGAUGGAUUGAUGGCGAUUGCUGAUAUUAGGGAUGUGAAAGGACCGCUUUCUGGUCCUUUGUUGUUAUCGUCGGCGGGACUUUUGUCUGCGAUUAUUAGUGUUCAUAAGAAUUGGUUGGCUUGCUGAUAUUGAAUUUGAGGUAAUAAUGCUUGUUUUCUUAUCUUCAA